AUGAUGGAUUGGACCGAGUUCAUCAUCUGUAAUUUGUACGGGAUCCCCUUGUUUAUUCUGUAUAUAAGGAUUAUUCAUGUUUUGCGGACCAAUCGACAGAUCUACACGUCCGCUUUCUACAACUUUGUGGUGGUCAGCGGGAUUGUGGUAAGCCUGUUUUCCAGAUAACUUCAAUUUUGUAUAUUUUACUUGAUCGUGAGCAAUGGUGAGAUAUACGCGUUGUACUCUCUGCUAUUUUAAAAAAUCUGCUGUUAGAAAAAAAAUCAGGUCGUUGAAGAUUUUCGACCUACAGAAUUUUUCGAAUACGUGGUCGGAAUAUGUACGGGUUUUGUAUUUUUGCUCGUAUCAGUCGCUUAGUGAAAAUAUUUCAAAAAUUGUAAUGGGUGUGGUGACAGAGGCCAGCUGACAAUUAUAAAUCUACUUUUCUUUUCACUGAUUGCGGUAUUUUUUAGCCUGUCUUACAUUAUGCAUACUUUGGAGUCUAUUGUAGUUGUAAUUAUUCUUUUGAAACGACUCUUACGAGUUUCGCCAAAAUUUUUUAAUACAAAUCCCUGCUUCAAAUGCAUGGAAUCUUUUUUUUGCAAAAGCUGCCAAGACAUGGUCGAACCAUAUACUAUAUAUUUUUUAAAUCGGCAAUGCCCCUUGGCCGUAACUUCAACCCGAUUACAUAACUAUCCAUCAUAUGUUUUCCGAAUUGUCCGUUCAUUUAAUUAUGACAUAAUCCCCAAAAAUGCGCGGUGUUUUCGGCGGUCUGGCACUUCCCGUUUUGAAUCUGAUUAGAGUAACCUACUUCUGUGUUUUCGUUAUACUGUGUAACACCUGCUAAUUGUAUACUGUUACAACUACUUUAUACAAGAUUGCAUGGAAACUUUUGUUACACUUGAAGAUGAAUCUAGAGUGCCAUUGAAUAGUGCCAAAGUUAACAAUUGAAAUUAUUGAUAAUUUUAUUACGGCCUCGGAGAGGUCAAGGAAGUCACAAACCCCAAAUAUUUUGUAUACUAAUAAUUAUAAAUGUUUGCAAAAUGGACAUUUGUUCCAAUUUUUGACAGCUUGAAAUAAUUUUCAGGAUUGCUGCGGUUACUGGCUAAAUCAAAUCUUCAAUCGCUGGCCGGCAGCUCCCUUGCUUGGUGAUGCUCUUUUAUUCCUUUUUCAAACGCCAACUUACUAUCUCACCCUGCCAUAUAUGUGCACCUUCUACUCGAUGUAUCUGGUCCAUAUGAGUGCAUUCCUCUUGGCGUUGAACAGAGUCAGCUCAUUGUUGAUUCCGCUCUCUUAUGAGAAGGUAAUCUUUACCUAAUUUUAUUCAAGUAUAUUUUUUAAACGAUGAUAUUUUAGGUGUGGAGAGGUCAUUUCCAUUGGCUUUUGUUGUUUUAUUUUGCAGUGCCUUUUAUAAUUUGCUUCCAUUUACUGGCAUCUCCCACCUACGUGUCUACAGAAACUCCCAACCAUUACUUCAAAUACGUCCAAAUCUUUCAAGGUGCUUUCUUUGGGGUAGGUUUGCAUGCUUACUUCUCAAAGAUUACAAUCCCUAAUAUGCAAAACCAAGGUUAA